AUGGAGGAGCUGAGCGCUGUGGGAGAGCAGGUUUUUGAUGCGGAAUGCAUUUUAAACAAACGGCUGAGAAAGGGAAAGUUGGAGUUUCUGGUGAAGUGGAGGGGAUGGUCAUCCAAACACAACAGCUGGGAGCCCCAAGAAAACAUCCUGGACCCGAGACUGUUGGCAGCAUUCAACAAGAAAGAGCAAGAAAAGGAGCUUUUGAUGCGCAAAAAAGGGAAAAGGCCAAGGGGACGACCACGGAAAAUUCUAGAAAAUGUUCCUGAAACUCCAAAGUCAAGCAGCUCCUCAUCUGGCUCAUCAUCAUCGUCCUCUGAUUCCUCCUCCUCAUGCUCCUCCUCUUCAUCUUCCUCAGACGACGACGACGACGACAGCCAUGUUAAAAAUGCAAGUCCGGGCAUCAGAACAAGAGACCUUCACCCCGUCCCCCAGAAGAAGGCACAGAUUGUCGUUGCAAAACAGGAGCCCCCAAAGAAGCGAAGCAGGAAACCUUCGUCCCCUGAAGCGAAGGAAUUUCAACAGAACAAGGGCCAGCGCAAAGUCCUAAAGGCUUCCAAGGAUACUGAUCUUCCUGGAGCCAUCAAGAAGCCAGUUCACCCAGCGAGCUUCACCUUCAUGGGUUUUCAUCGGGGCCAGGCUCGAGAUGCUGUGGGUGGUCAGAACAGGAGCUCUCUGACCCAGGGCGGGGCUGUUAAAAACUCCAUAAGCUCAGUGGGAUCUGGCAGGUCAGUCCAACCUGCAUCCCUCUCCCUGAACAAAUCCAACCAGAGCAGGAAUGUCGCGGAGGGUAAACUGUCCAUCUCCAGUAUGAACAGCGGGACAAGUCUGGAUUUAAAGGCAGCUGCGAGUAAAUCAAAAGGGGUAGCAGCGCUGAAUUUGAAUACAUCCAAACACCUCAUUCAAGGCACCACUCAGCAUACACUGAGCUCCCCCAAUGGACAAAAGAAACCCCAGGCCCCUGUGUCAACACUGCAGCGGAUACCCAAUACCAAGGCAGUGGCUGCCUUACCAUCAAAAAAUGCCUCCUCCAAUCAAGGAUCUGGUCCUCAGCCCCUCAACCUUCAGAACAAACUGGUGCAAAGCACUGAUGCUCCUGGAAAUGGCACUACUUCAGUGUCAGGCCUGAGAAAUGCAACAAACCCAGCAAGGAAAAGUACUGCCUCACAGAAUCAGGAUUAUAAUCCUCCCAAGAGUACAGCAACCCCUGGAAGACUUCAGGCCAGAAAGAGCCAGCUUGGAGCAGACAGGGUCAAAGAGGCAACUGAAAACCAGACCCCCAGAGUCCAAGGCAGGCUGGAGAAGGGCUGUGUGCAGAAAUCCUCUGCAGAGGUCCAGAGCCAGCAAGAAAGAUCAGCCUCCAAAGAUGGCAAGAAAGCCAAAAUGAAUGACAUGAGCACAGGAGAAGAGGAGAGCAGCUCAGACUCAGACCAGGAUACUACUUACACUGGACAGGAUCGCUCGGUAGCAGUCCAGAGCCAGGACUGGAAGCCCACUCGUAGUCUGAUAGAACACGUGUUUGUAACGGAUGUCACUGCUAAUCUAGUUACUGUCACAGUCAAGGAAUCACCGACCAGCGUGGGCUUCUUCAGCAUUCGCAACUACUGACAGGACUCCGUACACUGCAAACCAGAUGGGCUUUGAAGCA